AUGUUUGGAUCCAAGCAACAGCAACAACAGCAACAAUCGUGGACGAUUGCUCACUUGGCUACGGAAGAACCCGAGGCGGCUGCUUACUUGGAUGAUUGGGACGACUCCACCUUGGCUUCGACUCUGUCCUUGCAGCGUGACAGCUGCUGUGGGACCACCAUCCUCCGCAAUGCCGGAGAACCUUCGACGAUCAUCAUUUCAAGGGAGAAAGAACAAAAGCAACUCCGCUUCUUGGCGGGUCCCGGAAAGGCCAUGGAGAAGUUGCUGCGAUUGAUCCGUCUCAUCUUCAAGAGGUUGGCUUUGGAGCGAAAGAGUUCGGCCAUGUCCAUGGCAUCCUCCUACCAGCCUUCUCUGGGAGUCAAUGGGGUCAUGGUGUAG